AGCACUUGUUUUUAAUUUUGUGACAAAAAAAAAUCUGGAAUUUUUGUUUUUCCUUCAGGAAAGUGUAUGUGAUAUGCUGAUUGACCAGGAUUUGUUCCAACCCUUAAUAAUGGGUUUACGAAGGGUUAAUCAAAGAUAAAUAGCAUUAGGAGCAUGUUACAGAUGCACAUAUUGUAGAUAAAAACACCAAAUUGAUUAACGAGGACUGAGAGGUUGACAAACAUCUGACAGAACUCGAGACAACCCCUAUCAGAUGAGCAGGAAUCCAUUAGGAUACCUGUUAAUUGUUUCAUACAACAAUAAGUGUUUAAUACAAACAAGUGAAGCACUGCCGACAACAUUACAGCACACAGAGGAAAGCACUGCUGAGAUGUGGGGCUGUUUUGGGGGUGAACUUCCCCAAUUUUGGUGUCCAUCUCCCCUUUGCCUCUUUGCAGUGCCUCCAAUUAACUCUUUCGCAUCUUCACGCUCGGCCCCAGGGUCAGCUCCACUUUGCUUUCCCAGAACACAGCAUCACUGCACACAUCAGGAGCUCCCGAAAACUUUCCCAACUUCUUUUUCUUUUUUUUUUUUCUUUCCCUUUUCGUUUUGUCCAUUUGCUUUUCAUUUCCCCAUUCCAUGUCACUACGGCCUUCCCCACCGGCAAAGCCACGGCGACAAAAUGGCCGUCAGGCAGCCAUUUUGUGGGAGCCGGCAGUGGCUGCGGGCAGCUCUGUGUUCCCCUGCCUCCCUCUGCCUGCUCCUGCCGUGGCUCCAUGGGGCUGAAAGGACUCUCAGAAACUCAGCAUUUCCCUCUGGGAAGUCCUGUCCGUGCCCGGCACAUUUUGGCACCGAGCUCAGCGCUGCUGCUAUACAAAGGCUGAAAGCUGCGCCUGCUUUGAACGGAGCGACCUUGUUGUUGCAUGGUUUCCUCCCCCCUCCUCCUCCAUUUCAUUCAGUUCUCCUUAAUAAGCCAGAUCAGCUCCUCAAAGCUGUUCAAGCUCUUUUCCAAAGCUCCGUACCACCACGAUUUGAAAGGCAGAGGCUCUGCUGGGCCUCUUCGGCCUUCAGACCCACAGACAGUUGUGGGUCCACCAUGAGGCAUCUCCUGGGGGUCCCCAUUGUUGGCUGCAGUCACUUUUCCAUCUCAAAAUACAAGCAGGAAAGCCGGGAUGGAAUGGACAUUUUACCUACAUGAAGGAUCUUGCUGGGAAGAACCUAGCUGUCAUUCACCUUCCAAUUCCUAUCCCACAUUUGGCUUAUUUUUAUGCCCUGGAAUGGGUCUGGAGUGGGAGAACGGCAGUACUGCUCCCCAAAAAUCUGUGCUCAGAAAAUGGUGUUUUUCUGAUUCGCAGAGGUCAAGUGUCUAAAAAUCUUCCAAAAUUCCAGGUUUCAUGAACUCAGAAGGCAGUGGAUGGCUUUGGGGUAUGGGCUCCUGACCCCUGUAGACCCUUUUGGCUGUUUUAUGCAGAUUUUUGCAGUGCAGUAUUGCAUUUAGGCACUUGUAAAUGGAGUGGUUCAGCGGCAGUGUGCUGGAAGGGAAGGUUUUAUGCCUGAAAACUGGGAAGCCAUCGUGGUGGGAAGGUGCCUGGAGACAGGAGCAGGACCUGCCCAGGGUGGUCCCACUGCCAGCUUUCCUAUGGACUCAUCUUGUGAUCUUUGGCAGAUUUGGUCACAUUGCUGCUUCUUUCCUCAUCUUUAGACCAUAAUCCAUCCUGGAGAGGGGCCAUCGUUACAGCACCAGCUGUGACAAUGGUGCAGGGGCCACGAAAGUCACACUGAUCCUUACAGCAUUUCUAAAUUGUCCUAUUUGACUGCUUUCUUCAUAGGUCCUGGCAGGAUCAGGAUUGCAGUGUCAGCAGCUUGGUAUUCUUGAAAUCUACACUCAUUAAGACAAUUAUCAUAAUUAAAUCUCCUGUUUUCAGGAUUACUCGUAGAAGUCAGAAGGGAUUUUUUUUUUCUCCUCCCCACAUAUAAUUAGAUUGAUGGAAAUGAGGGGCUAUGUAAUGUAAUUUCCCAUCCACAGUUUGAUAUUAACCCAAACUCCUAUUCUUUGCAGUGUUAUCAAAAGUGAGUCUGUAAACGCCUGCUCCUCUGGUUGGUGUCUGUGGCACCACGUUAAGCUUUGGGAAGCUAAAACACUUUCAGAUAGAAAACCUGGAGUCAGAAGGAACUCACAAGGAUCACUGAGCCUAACUCCUAAACUUCUGACUAAAUGAAUCCCUCCGUUCCUGAUGGUAAAUGCUGCAAAGCUCUGAUUGCUGCUGCAUUAAGCAUUAAGGAGGGAGGUUUAACCUCUGUGCAUCAUUUGCUAAGCCAAUAAAACAGGAAGAAUAUUAUUUACCAUCAAAAGGCUGUUUGGGAUUCAAAGCGCUUGGCGCCGUGGAUGGGUUGGGUACUUUAAUGCUAUAGGAAUUAACCCUGCAACGCUGAUUUUCUGACACUGUUUAUAUGUUAUCACACAGGGAGAGACCUGGGCCAGAUGGCCUGGCACAGUGGGUCAUCCCAAGGCUGAGUUUGUCAAAGGAAAUUAAAAGAAUUAACUGGGCUGUGCUGACUGCUAGUUGAGAAGAAUUUCUGGACAGCUCGGUGAAGGAAUGUAGGCACUUUCCAAGCCUCGCUGCAGAGAUAUCCUUUUUCCUGCCCAUCUUAAACUCUCACCUUGGGGAUCCCAGCUACAAUAGCUGACCAGAGCUUUGGGUAUCUCGCUCAUGCACUCUGCUGCCUGUUAGCUGUGGAAACACAAUUAAUUAGGCAUCCUCUGUCCCUUUGGUGGGCUAUGCCUUAGCCCCUGCAUCUCCCUUCCAGCUGUGGGCAGAUGGGACCCCUCCUGCUUCACAGCACUGAGUUCUUUUGGGAAGUCCUUCGGGUCUCUGCUGUGUUGCACAUGCAGCCCCUUAAUGUGCUGCUGGUGACUCCCUUUUCCUUAGAUCCUCCUUUAAUCUUUAAGGGAAAAUCUUUCUCAUUGCAAGAGAACCACACACAUCUUCUAAACUGCCAGCGUAAUACCUUGCAUCUGUAGUUAGGUGUACAGAGAAUGAAAAAGCCUCAGAAGGUGAGCCAAGGGCUUGGGGGGAAGCCAGCUUGUCUCUGCUCCACGCCAAUAGUGCCUGGCUGUGCUAUAGCAUUAAAGGACCUGCAUGUUGCUCUCAUUUGUUUGGGAAAUGAGAUCUGCCUUGAUAUACUCAAUACCAUUACAUGUGCAGCCUAAAAGCUUCCUUGUACUCAGUUAUUUCUAAUCUGCUCAGUUCCCUGGAGUGCAUAACAGCUAAAUUGAUAGAUUAUUUUAUCUAGUCUGGCAGGUUUGUUCUAGAUAUGCUGUGUGUUCAAGAGGUGAGGUCAGCUUGCCUGUAUAUUAUUUGGUUUUGCUGCGGCUUCAGGAAGGCUGUGCUUGCUGUGUGCAUGGUCCUGGGCUCAAUCUGCAGAUUUGCUGCUUCCAUAAGCUCUUGGGUGCAUAAAGUUUGCAGCCUGCAUGAUUGCCAAGGAUAUAUUAUAGUCCAAGUGGACUGAAGGAGCUAUAAGGAGGAAAGUGAGCUCCACGACAAGGCUGAGUAUGAGACUUGCUUCUUUUAGCAGCACAAAGUCUGAUGAAUUUUUAUGCAUUUCUCUUCACAGGAACCACUGAGCAGUCAGUACCUGGAUAAGGAUCAUCUCAUUGCCCUAGAUGGCAAUGGUCCCAAGCUGUCCUUGAGGCUGAGGUAGUAGAUUGAAUAGUUGUGGAGUCUUAUCCUCCCUUUGAGCUAACUAUACAAUCUACUGUCUUUCCUAAGGAGACAGUUAGAUCUUCAGUUCAUCUGCUUCGACACAAAGCAUGGAGACAGGUGGUGCAAGAAAUCCUGCCCUUCCACAAAGCCAGGGGAUCACACCAGACCUCUGUACUGCUCUGUGGAGAGCAGCAAUACCACCAGAGGAGAUACCACUCAGCCACCGAGGAGCAAAAACAGCACAUGGCACCAUUGAAUAACACGGUGGGUCUUCUCCUGCAGCAUCCAGGAUUGUGUUAUUCCAGGGAAUAACUACAGAAUAUCUACAUAAAGAAAAAUGUAUCUCUCAUUUUUAAUGGCUGCAAGAGAAACAAUGAAAUGAACUGGCUUAGCCCAAAAACUCAAAGCCCCCUGAGCUGAUCAGAUUUUGGCUGGUUGACCCCUGGAAGUACAUUCUGGUUUUGGACAAGUUUCCAGCUCUCCCAUGGGACAGAGUUAGAGGGUGGUUCUUUCUGAUUUGAUAAUCUCUAUCAACCCAACUCACAUGCAAACCCUGCUGGAGAGAUUAGGGCUCCUAUGUAUUUACGUAAAAUAAGCCAACAAUUCAGACCAAUGCCCCGUCCUCCUCAGGAGACAGGUGAGAAAGAGAGAUGCCAAAGGCAGCAAGUCCUAAUCCCUCUUGUUCCUGCCAGGUAGGUGGCACUGAUAUCUGAGAGCAGAUACAGGAGAUGACAGCCUGCUUCAGAGCUCUGGACUUGACAAGGGACAGAGAAUGGUUAUUUCUUCCCUUUGUGAGAAGCAGAUGGGACAACCCCUCUGUCACAUUCCAGAGUAAAUAGAAUCCAGAUCACAGGAGGGACUGUAACUCGAUGAGGGCUGCACCAGUUUCUCAAGACUGAAGGAUGUCUCGGACAUUAUCACUGGCAUCUCACUGCCAGGGAAACGCGUGAGAUGUGAGACACUGAGGAGCAAGGGCAAACCGAGGGCACCUUCUCAGAUGAAUUGGGAGGAAGAGAGCUGCAGUAAGAAAUUGGAGCCCUCAAAUUUCACCCUGGAAGUGAAACAUGGGGCGAUUCAGACCUGGCUGCUUGGGCUAUGGGACUCCCAUCAGUGAAGCAGCUCAUUUAAGGCUCCUCUGCUUCUUGGGAUAGGGCGUAGCUUCAGCAAGGCUGGGAUGGGACUUCCUCAGGCUGGGCAACAGCUGGAGGGUGGGGAUGCUGGAGUAUCUAGCAGCAGAGGAAUGCAGCCCUCUGCUCCAUACAUCUGGCUUUCCAGGAGUCAUGGGGACCUGUCACACAAAGCUACAGCUCGCUUCUCUUCUACACAUUCUCACCCCCUAACAGGGGAAGGGCUUCUACCCCCAGCAUUGCUCAGAAGGUACCAAAACAGCAGCACAAGUAUGGGAACAGGGCAGCACAACAGCUUCAUAUUUAAGGGGUGUACCCUGGAAAAGGAUUAAUCCUGUGAGUCCCAAACAAAAUCAACACUCCCCAUCCACUGCACUGAUGUUAAUGCAAAGAAUUUUAAGCAGCAAAACGGUAUGAGAUGAAAACCACAAAUAAAAUACCACUAGAAAUACUCUUCUGUGAAAAUAAACUUCCUUUGACUAUUGUA